AUGUACUGGAAGUUGCUUGCGUUGGCUGCGGCAGCUUAUGCGGCGCCUCAGGGAUUUGGAGGCGGCGGCCGAGGAGGUUUUAGUCUGCUACGGUUCGGUUGCUCCCAGAUCGUGAUUGAGCGACUUGACCCGCUUGUCAACCCUGGACUCAACCCCUCGCCGCACAUCCAUCAGAUCGUUGGAGGAAAUGCCUUCAAUGCCUCUAUGCCCUCGUCUGAUAUUUCGGACCUUGCAACUUGCACGACUUGCUCUUUUGCAGACGACUUCUCCAACUAUUGGACCGCAAACAUGUAUUUCAAAGCCCGCAAUGGUAGCUUCCACCGCGUGCCUCAGAUCCCCAACCGCUUGCUCGAUGGCUCCAAAGGCGGCGUGACAGUCUACUACACCUCUCCCGGUGCCGGCAAGGUUACCGCAUUCAAGCCGGGUUUCCGGAUGCUCUUCGGCGACUCGAUGCAGCGAGAGAAGAAGGGUAGCGGCAUGAAGACGCAGAGUUGCUUCCGCUGCUACACGGGGCCCAACUUCAAGGGCGACAACCUGUCGCCAUGUUUUGACCCGAAGCUUGACACCGAGACAUUUCCCCCAGGCCCUUGCCUGGGUGGCAUCCGGUCCAAUAUUCAUUUCCCGACAUGCUGGGAUGGCAAGAACUUAGACAGUCCCAACCACAAAGAUCACGUUGCGUACCCCAAAUCGGGGCCUGCCUCUUUCGCAACCUCCGGAGACUGCCCGGAUACUCACCCAGUCAAGAUCCCGCAGGUGAUGCUCGAGAUCGUCUGGGACACGACACAGUUCAACGACAAGUCCAUGUGGCCAGAGGACGGCUCCCAGCCCUUCAUGCUGAGCACUGGUGAUACGACGGGAUACGGCCAGCACGCGGAUUACGUCUUCGGGUGGAAGGGCGACGCGCUGCAGAAGGCCAUGGACGGGGGCUGCUUUGGUCCCACUUGUGCUGGGCUCAAGACGCAGGCGUUCACGGCGGCCAAUAAGUGCCAAGUGCCUCUCUCGGUUGCCGAGAACUAUGACGGAUGGCUUGAGAAGCUUCCCGGCGAUGGUAGCGGUGCUUAA